GUCUUAAACUGGUGGGAGGAUAAGUCAUGAAUGGAGUGAUGGAGGUGAAAAAGWUGGAAGGACAUGGAUUGAGGGGAAGGUGAGGAUGCCAGGAGAAAUUGUUUGAUACACCUGAUGAGCUCAUUUGAACAGCAGUUCUUAACAUGGCUUUGGGGGGUUUGGAWAACUUUUGCUUUGAACUUAAAUGAGUUGCAUUUGCUGGUGAAGUGAAGUGGGUGGAGAGGUYUUUAAGGAGAGCUGUCUCAGAGGUGUUUUUCUCUUUUCCUGAAGGCCUCUGUUGGCCGGCAGAGUCCGAGGGUGGUCCCGUACCCAGCCCGUGGCCUAUGUCCUGGAGAGCCCGCCCUUCAGAGCGCCGCAGUUGUGUCAAUGGGCUCAGCUGAUCAUCGACUGAACCUGGCAGAGAUCCUUUCCCAGAACUACGGUGUGCGGGAAGARAGGGAGGAAGAUGAGACUCAGGAGAAGCAGAAAUCUUUAGAAGAGCUGGAGAAGAGUUUCAGUGCCCCUCAGAGCAGUGAAAUGCCAUUUGAGGAGCUGCUCGCACUGUAUGGCUAUGAGGCAUCUGAUCCCAUCUCGGAGCAGGACAGCGAGAGCAAUGACAUCACUCCCAACCUCCCUGACAUGACUCUGGAUAAGGARCAAAUAGCGAAGGAUUUGCUUUCAGGGGAAGAAGAGGAGGAGACACAAUCUUCAGCUGACGAUCUGACUCCAUCCGUCACGUCCCACGAUGCAUCGGACUUAUUCCCAAACCAGCCUGGCUCAAACAACUUCCUUGCGGAUGAAGACAAAGAGCCAUGUUCAUCUCCRUGUGCUUCCUCCAUGGCUGAGGAUUCUGAGGUGGAUUCCAUCCCAUCCAACGAGUGUAAGAAGGAGAUCAUGGUUGGACCUCAGUACCAGGCUACAGUUCCCAUCCUGCGCUUAAACAGGCACAGACAAAAAGUGCUUUUUCUGUUAGCCUAUGAGAAUGAAGAUCAGCUGCUUUGGGACCCAAACAUCCUGCCCGAGAGGGAGGUGGAAGAGUUCCUGUACCGCGCUGUGAAGCGGCAGUGGGACGAGCUGUCUGGCAGCAGCCUGCCAGAGGGAGAGGUGGUCAARGACAACGAGCAGGCUUUGUAUGAGCUGGUGAAAUGCAACUUCAAUGCAGAAGAGGCACUGCGGAGGUUACGGUUCAACGUGAAGGUUAUCAGAGAUGAGCUUUGUGCCUGGAGCGAGGAAGAAUGUAGAAAUUUUGAACAUGGCUUUAGGGUCCAUGGGAAAAACUUCCACCUUAUCCAAGCAAACAAGGUCCGYACCCGGUCGGUGGGCGAGUGUGUGGAGUAUUACUACAUGUGGAAAAAAUCAGAGCGCUAUGACUACUUCACUCAGCAGACUCGUCUAGGAAGGAAGAAGUACGUCCUCCACCCUGGAGCCACGUGCGUGGAAUAUUCUCACACUAAAAUUAGUAAUAUUAACCUCCCAGUGAAGAUUCCUGCUGCAAAGCACCUCCGCUUAACAGACUGCGCUUUCUUCUCCAGAAGGGAUUUCACCGACAACGACCUGGAUGGGGUUGAAGUAGAAAACGCGAGUCGCUCUCGGAGCUCCCCACCAAUUCCCUCUGCARCUGGCUGCCUGGAUGCUCACUUUGGUCAAGAUCAGAUAGCAAUCGAGAGUACAGAGCCCCUGAGUGUGGAGAGCACAGCCUGCAGCCUGGGCAGCAUCAGUGAGUCGGGGCAGGGCUACGAGUGCAGCACCCCCUCGGAGACAAACUGCUCCUUUGACCCCACGGAGGAGACACCCUCGGGUGCUGUCCCUGCACCCUGCCCACGCCACACCGUCACCCCCUCGGAGCCAGAGCUCUUUGCUUUGCCCCCCGCUGGAGCAGGACUGGCAGAGAAGCAGGAGACGUUGCAGAACUCUGGUGAGACAAUAACUAUGGACUUCACUCUCCCUGCAGACAUUAACGAGGGGUUGCCUUUGAUUGCUGACCCCGUGGAUUUGGACAGAGACCCUGAGGCAGUGGUGGCCCCUGCGCAAGUGUCCUUAUCGGUCACAGAUUUCGGUCUCAUUGGCAUCGGAGAUGUAAAUACUUUCCUGACUGCUCAUCAGGCUUGCCCAGCACCUGUGGCUCGGUCAGAGCCUCUGUCACAGUGAGAGUCUCCAGUCACAAAUUCGUCACAGACCCAGCAAGGACUUUGACCUGACUGAGUGAAAUUCUGGAACUUCCACUGUCCUGUAGGGACAGUUUGGAGCUGUUGGUCGGAAUCCGUCUUUCCAUCCUCCUUGRUCCAAGGCUACAGUGAAACCAAACACCUUUCUGCUCCAGUGUAUCCUGACACAAUCGUGUAAAGUAGUGGCUGGCUUUCCUGAGUGGGGAGAUCCAUCCACCCCUCCUAUGCUGACCAUGUGUCACCCCAGGUGAUGCCAGUCUGCUCAGAGAGUCCCUGCCUCAGGACAGGGGACGUGUCCCUCGGCCCCAGUGGGACAGUCUGAGGGCAGAGGUGCUUUGAGAAGAGGGAUGUGUCACCAUCAUGGUGAGAAUGCAGUCUGGGGGGCUGAGAGCUGCAGGGCAGAUUCCUGCAGAGAUGGGCAKGGUGAUUCCAAGGGAGGCUGACGGGUCUUGGCCCUUCUCCCACGGGCAGUGUGUUGCAGUAGGAGCCACUCACCCUGUUCUUCUCCUGACAUCCGUGGGUCAUGACAGGCAGCAAACCUGCAGCAGCCACAUAAUCCUGGCUGCUUCAGCUGCACCCAGCCCCUGGGGAGAAGCAUCAGGUCUUGGGAAGGGAUGCUGCAGUGGUGCAGCAGCGUGGUGUGCACUUGAGUCCCUCUCACCUUGCUUUGCAGUGCUGGGCCAGGCAGAAUUCUUGGGGAGUAACAGGAUUUUCUAGAUCCACAGUGAUGCUGGCCCAGAGAUGCUUCUGCUGCUGGCAUGGAAUGACUUAUUCUUCACUGAGCCACAAAGUGAGAGGGUAAAAUGCAGGUAAAAAACAUCUGUAAUUUCCUAGUUUGUUCCAACAAUUUGUCAGUAGAGGGAGGAAUGGUUGCUUAGCUCCCAGGGUGCCUGGGAUAUGGAUGGUAGCACAGUCUGAGGAAGGGGAGGACACCAUCCCUGGGCAUUCCUGCUGCACACCAUCCCUGAGCAUUCCUGCCCUUCCUGUGUCACAAAACUGACUGUUCUGAGAGGAAAGUGGGUCUUUCCUGCCAUGUUGAGGGAGGUGCCAGGUGCCAUGCAGAGCCACGGGGGUGGCUGUCCUUGGGUGUGCUGGAAUCCAAACCUGCUUCACUCCCCCAGGUGUGUUCCCUGUCUGGGAUUGGCCACUGGCUCAACGUGUUCCCAUUCCCCUUUUUCCAUGCAGGGAAUUCUUUCUGCUCCCCUGUUGGGCAAGGCUCUGGUGCAGACAGUCCCUUCCUCCAGUCAUGUUCUGCAGUUGGAAAGGGAUUUAGGUUGAGGGUUUUUUUCUUGCUUUGGUAGAGGCUUUGGGGCCAUGAUCAUGCACUCAACUCUGCUGACAGUGGAUUUUGCAGGUACCUAAACCCACGAGCCUCCAUCCUCCUUUUACCCAGCCCUGGGAAGUUGUGCUCAGCCCUGCAGCAGGAGCACAGAGACAGCAUCCAACAGCCCCAUGGGAUGCCAGGAUUAGACAUUUUCUCAUCUCCUAAGCCUCAGAUGUAUUUUGUGUGCUUCAGCAGGGGUUUGCUUUGGUCCCCAGUGCUGUGCUGGGAGUUGCUGAGCCCCAGGCACGUACAGCUGCCUUCACCUGGCAUGGCUUUUGUCAGUGGUGGGCAGAGGCCUCCCCUCCAGCUGCUCCCAGCUGCUGGGAACAGAAAGCAAACACGAGUGCCUGCUCCAUAGUGGAACUGCCCAGGCUGUGAUUCCCCUUUUCUGGGGGUGAGAGGAAGCUCCUUGUCUGAAGGGAGAAGAGGAGGCAGGGUGAGAGCACAGGCAGCCCUCCCAGGGAGGGCCAGGCCUUGGCAUCUCCUCCAUCGGCUGAGAACAUUCUUAGUUUUCCUGAAACCAUUUUUUUCUUUUGGUUUGUUUCAAGCCCUAGUGAAAGGAGAGGGGAGCUGGCUGAGGCAGAAAUCUCUUUAUGUCCUUCAGUGUUGUUUACAGAUUUGCAUGGGGUCUUUCAACAUGAGCGCGGCGCUUUUUCCACAUGACUUUGAGGGAGAGGGGUGAAAAAGGCUGGGACAGGGAGGGGGAGUCACUGGGGGAGGAGGUUUGGUUUUGCUUUUUUUUGUUGGGGUUUUCUWUUUCCUUCUUACAAAGCACAUUCACUUUGAGCCGCUCCCAAUGCUGGACUCUUCUCCCUUGCCCCCCAGCCCUACACUGUGAAGUGACACUGCCUUGAAGACCCCUCGCCGUUAUUUAUUUAAUUAAAAACCUAAUUUGAAAGUG